ACAAGCAAUUUGAAAGUGUUGUAGAAAGUCUGAAUUUUUUAUGCUAUGUCACUGACUGUCAUCUUCUGCUCUUGUUCAUCAGGAUGUAGCUGCCUAUUUUCUGCUCAGCACUUGCGAUCUUCCAAGUCAUUUGUUACUCAACCUACAGAGGACACAACAGCUACAGAGGACACUACAGCUCCAGUGGACAUGUCUCUUUAUAAGAAUCCAGAAAAGAUCCCAGAGCCUUUCCACGAAGAUCUGCAGGAGAUGAAGAAGGAGAUGAAAAAGAAAUUCGACUACCUUCUGCCACCAGCGGAUCUUUGGCCAAACUUUGCCCUGGAGUCUCAAGGUGCAAAACUUGUUCCACAGAUGACUUCAGCAACAUUUCACAACAACAGAUCAUGUAGAUUGUUUGGGAUAUAUUUUCAACAACAACCCUUAGGCCCAAGCAUAGCCAUUCAGGGAAGAAAUCAUCUGAGUCCUGGACAAUGUUGGGCCUUUGCAGGCUUCCCAGGACGCUUAUCCAUCAAACUGUCCCACAGAAUCACCGUUACUCACGUGUCCCUGGGUCACAUUCCUAAGAGUAUAACCCCGACUUUCACAGUCUCCAGUGCGCCGAAGGAAUUUUCUGUCUAUGGAAAGAAGCAUUUACACGAUCAGGAGAGUUUAUUGGGAACUUUUCAAUAUGACGAAGAUGGCGACAGCUUACAGACCUUCAAACUUCCUGUAAAUAUGUCGAAUUAAUAUUUUAUUAACCAAAUACAACAGUUCUUACAGAAGCCCAGAGUGACUGACCCUGUUAUAAAUAUUGGUAAUUGUUCCUAACAUACAACCAUAAGGUUCUUCACACCAACUUUUAUUAUGUCUUAUAACAA